GAAAACAGCUCAACAAUUCAGAUGUUUUCAACCUGAUUUUUAUUUUUAUCAAAUACUCUUGAAAGGCUGCUGUAUACUAGUCAGACAAAGCUGAAGGGUCCAUGGCAGUGACUAUGGGCAAAUUUAAGUGUUUGCAAUCUGGGGGGGCAAAAUCCAGUCUUCGUUUUGUGCAAAAAUGUAUUCAAAUGUUUAUCUGUGAGGCUUUGACAGACUGAGGGAGUCAAAUCGAGUGGGUAUCUUCCAAAGUUAAGUAUAAAAUUCCUGAAAAUGAGGAAGUUUCCCACUAAAUAGUGUAACUUUGGAAGAUCUCCACUUGUCAAAUACAACAAAUCUGGUUUUCAUAAUCCGGGUAGGAUAUUAGCGAAACCUGAUAUCCCCAGCCAGAUUUCUCCUAGAGAAUCCAUUUUGUAAAUGGGCUUCUAAUUGGCCACCACUAUACAGCACCACAAACAUGCGAUCAGUGGCACAGAGGGUCCCUUUUUGGGUUGGAUUUAUGGUUCAGGAAAAGACUGAAAUACCUGUUUGAGCGCCAUGUGAAGUUAGUCUAAAUGACAACAUUAUCUGUGCAAUGACACAACAUUCAGUAACUUACAGUACAAUAAAAUAUGUUUCAAUUACUGUAUUUUAGAAAUGUUUUGUUCAUAUCUGGGUAAGCUGCCAUAUUCACAGUGCUGCAAAUGUUAUCAGACUUAAUUGUAUGUAAGUGAUAAAACAGAACUGCCUGUAAUAAUUCCAUUGACUUGACAGUUUAAGGUUUUUUGAUUAUCUAGACAAAGAUUUAUAUUUUCACAGUUUUUAAGUGUUGGCACAGACAUUACAGUAUAUCGUCCAUUUGGAUGCAGCCAUUCUAAGCCAUGUGAAAUGUGUGUGUAUUAGUCUUAUUUACAGUUCUGUUGGUACAUGUAUUUUGUUAACUUGCCACAUGGAACCGUGAAUUCAAGUUGACAUUAAUUUUGGUUGACGCACUGUUUUGUGCUAAAUUCAGUUGGAAAUGGAAAUCAUGUCCAACAGGUCAAACGGACAGUGUUGCUGGGGUUUGAGAGGGCAGCCUGUUGCACCUCUGACCACACCCAAUAGUGAUGUCAUGGCAUACUGACACACCCUGAAGUACACUUUACAUCACUGCAGCGAGGUAAGAGGUUAAACCACUGAAGGUCAGCAAAAACUAAAGGUUUCUGCUGGUUCCUCUUUUGAUUUGUUUGAGAUGUGGAGUGAGUUUGGUAAUGUUUUCCUAGGUAUUUUACUGCUUUUAUCACCUGAAUCGUAUUUCUUUCAGCAGCUAUCCUCCUUUAACACACAACACCUAGAAAAAAAUAUGAUGAACUGCCACUUAUUUAAAUGAGGCGCUGAUCUUUGACCCCCCGUGGCUGGUCAUAGCUUUUCUACCUCACUGUAAGGUCUCUGAAUCAGAGCAUCGGUUAGAUUUACAGCUAGAUUAAGCUGUAUGAUCGCUGUGAGGAACUUGCUUUAAAGCCUAGAAUGGAAAUGGAAAUACAGUAAUGAUCAUACAAUACAAUAUGACAGAAGGUGCCACUGUCUGUUUUCACUGUUUCAACCUCUACAGCAUGGCCUGAUAGGCAGGCUUCUCUUUGGCUCAGUGUCUAAGUAAUUAUCUGAUUAUUUCUGCAGAGCGCUGCCAGAGGCUGCGUUGCAUUUCCACAGUUUAUUGAGAUAAGUCGGCCUCAGCGUGCAAGCUUAGCAGAUUGGGCUCCAGCUCUGCUGGACGAUGACCAGCAAGAGAAUCAGCUCUAACAGACAUCUCCACUGCAGGACGAGAGCUCCCACACAGCGCUGUGAGGAGGAGGCAACACUGAGUUGUUGCAGGAAGAGAGGAGAUGCUGACUCAGCUGGUUUUGGGAUGGACUGCCUUGCUCAGUGGCCUCCAGCCGGCUGCUUCCUCUGUCACAAGCAAAUUUCUGUCCGGCAGAGACAGCAGGUGGUCAGCUCGGAAAUGUGAAGUCUUCGUCCCUCCUCCUCCUCCACCACCUCUGUUUCCUACAGUCAAAUGGAAAGCAGAGCUGAUGGUUGAUAUAACAGAACACAUCACAGGACCGAAAGGGGAAAAGGGCUGCAGAGGAACCAGAGGACCCAAGGGCCAACCUGGUGUGAUGGGUCCAGAGGGAGAACCCGGAACACAAGGAGCCAUGGGACAGCCAGGUCAAAAGGGAGAGAAGGGUAACAGAGGCUGGAGAGGCCUGUAUGGAGACAUAGGAACUCCUGGGAUGAUAAAGGGCGAUAAGGGGCAUAAGGGAUUCAGGGGUGAUAAAGGUGUGAAAGGACGCAGAGGACCCAGUGGAGAGAUGGGUGAGCGUGGAAUCACUGGAGUGUCAGGAGAGAAGGGCGACCCAGGCCAGUGCGGCGAUGCAGGGCAGAAGGGUGAGCAAGGACCCAGAGGAGAGCCUGGAGGCAGAGGAACCAUGGCAUUGAAGGGAUCUCGUGGACCUUCUGGAAAGCCGGGUCAUCCUGGUCCUGCAGGACUGCCUGGUCUGACUGGAGAGCCUGGACUACCUGGACAAGUGCACAUCCUACCAGGCCUGCAGGGAGACACAGGAAACCGAGGUCCUUCAGCCAAAUGCAGCUGUUCACAGGUUCAAAGCCCAGAACGAUUGUUGGACAGAGUCCAGACGAUCUUUAUUGCAGACGGAGAGAAACAGAUGAGGAAGCUGCGGGGGGAGAACGUGAUGGUGCUGCGGACAGACAGAAAAGCUCUGUACAUCUACACUGAAUCUCAAUGGAUCAAUGUACUGGUAACUGCUGCUGGAGAGACAUAAAGUGAAGAUGUUUUUAGACAGCAGAGAUUACAGCUACAAAAUUGUGGUUAACCACUGUACAUUUUUUACAUUUAACAACCCUACACAUUGAUGAUUGCUGAAAUUGAGCGAGAGAGUUGGGAUGCAUUUUUUAAUUUUUGCUUAAUUUUCAGAGAUUUGCUUCAAAUGCGCACCAAAUUUGGAUCCAUACAUACCAAAGCUAUUGUAAGGAAAAUGUAGCAAAGGUUAUAUGUGUUACCAAGGUAAUAUGUGAUCCGUUAAAACAGAUGUUUCCUUCAUUCUCCAGCCUGUAUUAAAGUUUAAUAAAUAAGUGGGUUCAUGUGGUUAAGCCUUCACACUAAUGUGUAACUGGAGGUGGCGUGGACAGGGUGAAGGUGUAGUUGUCAGAUGAGUUGUAGAGACAGAUGUUAAUUACAAUGACUAUGUUCUCUUUAUCCUCAUUACCUAUUCCUCUUUUCAUGCUGCUUCCUGUUUGGACCAGAAGGACCCCAGACACUGACCCCACUCCAUUCAAGACCGGCUGAAGUGCCCUUGAGCAAGAUCCUUAACCCCAACUAGCUCCAGUGGAGCUUCUCAGUGGCCAGCAGCUCAGACUGUGGUUAUACUGGGAAGCUUCCAGGUGUGAAUGUGUGUAACUUAGUGAGUGUGAUCAGAUCAAACCUAUCUGUGCUAAAUAAAGGUUGGUACCUCUAAGA